UCUCAAUCCAACAACAUUUCCUCCAAGCUCUCCAGAUCACAUAUUCGAGUUUAUCUCUCCCUCAACAAUGAAGGUUCAUCUCAUCACCCUCCUUACCACCCUUCUCGCCGCCACCCCCAUGUCCUUUGCCAGCCAGAUUAAUGACUGCGGCGACUCAAGCUUUGACAAUGAGACCUCUGGCGGCUCUCCCAAAGUCUCCGAUUGCCAGAAGAUCGCAUCCAACAUCGCCGGCGGUGGCUCUUGGUACCUGGAUGAUUCCACUACUCAGCGGCAGCUUGUCCAGUACGGCACCUGUGCAUUCGGGGCUCGACUCACUGAAAACGGCCCCAAUUAUAUUGGGAAUCAGGACAUUAUCGAUCUCAUCAAUGAUUCCAUCUCCAAGUUCCAGUCAAACGGCCUAGUCGGGUCCAAGGGAUCCAUGAGCUGUGGGGGCUCUGGUGUGGCCUGGGCCCUUUACCAUACCUGAAUUCAUCACACCAUGUAUAGAAUGAGCUCAAACAGCAGAGUCAGUUUAGUUUCAUUGUGGCAGGGAGGUGACUGUGGUGUCGAUCGACAGCAAUUGAGGUUGUUAAUCACCUUUCUCUUUAGUGGUAAUAUAUAUCAGGAAUCCUGCUGUCCUUGGGUUUCCCUCUCUCUCCUCUUCUGGCUUAGUGCUGAU